CUAUCGAUAGGCAUAUCGAUAUAUAAGGACUUAGAAAAUAAUCGAUUAUCGGACAACGCUAGUAUAAUAAACAUUUUCUUUUUGUUUACAUUAUUGUCCUCAUGACAGCCAAAGGGAAUGUAGAGCAACAUAGAGUACGCACCACGGCUACGAUAGGAAUCCCGUGGAUUUCAUUCAUUUCAGUCGACGGUAGAGCUUCGGGCAUGCCCAUAUGCCAUAAACAUUACAGAUUGUUUAUUAUUGAUCGAGAGUUCGUUAAUAAAGUUCAAGUUGGUUUAAUUGCAAAGUUCAAUAGAAAUCAGUGAAAUUCAGUGAAUCAAGUCAUAAAGUGUAGCCUGACAAUGGUUUUUAGACUUGUGAGGAUUGAUACUGAAGAACCUUGCAAAAUUGUAUUACCCUCUGGUAAACAUCUGAUGGGAAGAGGAAAGUUACUAGAGUGUGAUGACAAAAGAGUUUCGAGGAAGCAUGGCGAGAUAGAAGUUAAUAAUGAUGCCAUCAGUAUAAAAGCUCUCCAUCAAAACCCGUGUUUCUACAUAAAAAAGAGUUCAGAAGAGAUUGUGAUUCUCAAGCUGAAUUGUGUCGUUAGUUUGUACAACGGUGAUAAGUUUGGUCUCCUACCGAACUCGUACUGGUACGAAAUAUUUCAUUGCACAGACCUUGAUCUGGAAGAGCCACAGAGUACAGAUGAAUACUCACAGAAUAGCAAUUUGGAUUGCGAGAGGACCACAGAAAUCCAAACUAAUCAGACCAUCCCAGCACCCAAUGCUGACACUGAAACAAACGGAACCUAUGAUCAUGAUGAUGAAGAGAAGGUGAAGCUACAAAUAAAUGAGAGUUUAUCAGGCUCACAGGUACGAGACUCGGAAUCACCAUUGCGAAUACCAGCCAGGUCACCUACAUUAUUGCAACAAUUGUCGCCAUCGUUGACGGUGAGGGAAAUUACACAGUCUCAUAUAGAGAAUACCUCUUCUUUGACGUUACAAUCAGCACCACAAAGCGAGUCGAUAACGGAAAGUUAUUCCGUUGAUGGACCGGCAUCAGAGGCUGUAAAUAGUGACUCGUCUCCUCCCAAGAGGUAUCAUAAUCCGGAAGACUCGAAGAAAGAUAUUAAGAAGGCGAAGAUUGAACCGCCGGAUGUCAAACAGAAUUCUGAUGCGAGACCGGGCUUUAGCGAAGAUCUGGGGUAUGCAAGUAGUCCAGAUCCAGAAGCUACAACAUUUACUAUAUAAACGCACACUUAGUUAUCUUCUAGAACGACCAUUUCUAAGUCGACGACUCAAAAAGUAAGAUCGACUUCGAUUACGAAUUCUGAAUCAAUUUCUUUUUUAUCGAUGUUUAUUAUAGAAAAUAAGAAAUUACCAAAGUUUAUUAUUUUAUUAAAUGUAGGGUUGAAAAGGAGAAAGGUUGGGUUACAGUGAAAAUAGUGAAGGCGAUAGGUAUUAUGCAUAGAACUAUUGAAAAUUAUUUAUAUGUCAAAAUUUUAACUUUUUAAAAUCAAUGAAUUAACACUAUAAAAGUAAUGUAUCAACCAUUUUGUUUUAACUAUAGGUAAGAGCAGCUUUACAUAUAUUCUUAAAACGUGCAUGGGUAAUUUAUUAUAACUAUACUUACACAAUAUUAAAUAUAUUCCUCUUGCAAAUGUAUUUUCUUGCAGGAGGUUUCUAUAGCAGGUUCAAAAAAGUCUCCAUACAAAAUUUCAUCUAAAUCGGUUUAGCUAUUUAAACGUGAAAAGGCAACAGACAGACAACAGUUACUUUUUCAUUUAUCUAUUACAGUAUUCCGUGUGGAUUGAUUCAGAAAAUAAUAUUUGCAUAGUUUUUAAUACAAAAAUCAAGAUUUCGAUGUUUUACUAGUUACCUCGAUAUCAAACUACUUUUCCAAUGUCGUGUUUAAAUUUACACUUGAAGAGGUAGGUACUAGCUGAAAAAAAUAUAUAUGUCUAGUCCGUAUAUUGGUUUAAUUAUAUUUUUCCAAUGUUGUGUAUUUACAGUUGAAAAUAUAGCCGAAAAAAUAUGAUGAUAAAUACCUACCUACUUUCCAGUCCGUAAUAUUGGUUCUUUUCGCAUAUUUUUAAUAGGUACCAACAAAAGUUAAGGUUUCGAUGUUUUACUUGUCUUGGUAUCAAAAUGUAUUGUGUAUGUUUCUUCAGUCUCGAUAUCAAAAUGUAUUUUUCCAAUGUUGUAUACCUAUCUAUUUACAAAUGAAAAAAAAAAUUAUGACGAUAAAUAUAAUUCUAGUCCGUAA